CGGCGCCGAGGUGCGGGAGGAGGAGAAGAUGGCGGCGGCGGCUCAGAGCUGACAGCGAGCCCUGGGGUGGAGGGGUGAGGAAGCGGCCUCGACUGAUCACCGCCUGGUACAAGGCCCCGGGAGCCGCGGGUCAACGAGGGCCGGAGCCUCGAUGAGCUGCGGAUAAACGGCGGCGGCGGCGGGGGGUCGGUUGGGCUGUGAGCGCCGGGCGGUGCCGACUGUGGCUGUUGCCGAUGCUGGAGCCACUUGCUGGUGUGGAGCCUCCUUUAGGCAGGAGUGCUGGACGAUCUGGCCUGCGGACGUCUCCACGACUGCUGUCAAUGUCGCUGCGUAAUCAACCCAUAGAAGGUCCACUUGCAGCAGGGUUAUUAAUGGCAGGAAAUGUGGAUGUGUACAACUCUUCUGUUCAUGACUCCUGCGUUUCUUCGGGGUUCAAAACCCUGUAUGAAGAGGGAUUACUGUUCGAUGUUACUCUGGUCAUCGAGGAUCACCAGUUCCAGGCUCACAAGGCACUAUUAGCUACACAGAGCGACUACUUUCGAAUAAUGUUCACAGCAGACAUGAGGGAACGGGAUCAGAAUAAGAUCCAUCUCAAAGGUCUCACUCCAACAGGCUUCAGCCAUGUCCUUCAGUUCAUGUAUUAUGGCUCCAUUGAACUGAACAUGAGCACAGUCCACGAGAUUCUGCAGGCAGCCAUGUAUGUCCAACUAACUGAAGUGGUGAAAUUCUGCUGUUCUUUCCUGUUGUCAAAAAUCUGCUUGGACAACUGUGCAGAAAUUAUGCGACUCUUAGAUGAUUUCAGUGUUAAUAUAGAUGGUAUCAAAGAGCAACUGGACAAGUUCCUGCUGGACAAUUUUGUGCCACUAAUGUCUAGAGCUGACUUUCUGUCCUACUUGAGUGUUGAAAAGCUUUUGUCAUGUUUGGAGAAUGAUCAACUGAGCAGGUUCCCAGAGAUUGAGCUGUUUGAGGCAGCACAAGCCUGGCUGAGACAUGACCGAAGUCGCUGGAGGCACACAGAUGCCAUUGUUCAAAAUGUCAGGUUUUGUCUGAUGAACACAACAAACGUUUUGGAAAAGGUAAAGCCAUCUGAAUUUUAUCGCUACUCUCGGCAGCUACGUUUUGAGGUUGAGCAGGCGUUAAAUUAUUUUCAGAAUGUUAAUCAGCAGCCACUGCUGGAGAUGAAAUCUAACCACAUCCGCUCUGCCAAGUCGCAGACAGCAGUUUUCCGAGGAAUGAUUGGACACAGCAUGGUGAAUAGUAAGAUUCUUCUCCUACACAGGCCUAGAGUCUGGUGGGAAUUGGAAGGCCCUCAGGUACCUUUGCGACCAGAUUGUCUUGCUAUACUCAACAACUUUGUGUUCCUCUUGGGUGGGGAAGAGCUGGGGCCAGAUGGUGAGUUUCAUGCCUCUUCUAAAGUCUUUAGGUAUGACCCCCGACAAAAUUCAUGGUUGAGAAUGUCAGACAUGUCUGUCCCUCGGUCAGAGUUUGCCGUUGGUAUUAUUGGCAAGUACAUCUAUGCUGUGGCAGGGAGAACACGAGAUGAGACCUUUUAUUCAACAGAACGUUAUGAUAUCACGCAAAACAAAUGGGAAUUCAUUGAUCCCUAUCCAGUUAAUAAAUAUGGCCAUGAAGGAACUGUUCUCAAUAAUAAGCUGUACAUAACUGGAGGAAUAAUGUCCUCGUCAACCUCCAAGCAAGUCUGUGUAUUUGAUCCCAGUAAAGAAGGGACUGUAGAACAGCGGACAAGGAGAACACAAGUGGUUACAACAUGCUGGGAGAACAAGGCCAAAAUGAAUUAUGCAAGGUGUUUUCAUAAAAUGAUUGCCCACAAUGGGAAACUCUAUGUAUUUGGUGGAGUGUGUGUAAUUUUACGGGCUUCUUUUGAGUCUCAAGGCUGCCCAUCUACAGAAGUUUAUGACCCUGAUACAGAUCAGUGGACUAUCCUCGCAUCGAUGCCGAUUGGAAGAAGUGGACAUGGGGUGGCAGUAGUUGAAAAGCAAAUAAUGGUCCUUGGUGGCCUUUGUUACAAUGGUCAGUAUAGUGACUCCAUACUUACCUUUGAUCCAGAGGAAAAUAAGUGGAAAGAAGAUGAGUACCCAAGGAUGCCUUGUAAGCUGGACGGCCUGCAAGUCUGCAGCCUUUACUUUCCUGACUUCAUAUUGGAGCAUAUUCGACGAUGUACCUAAAAUGUGGGUAUGGCUCAGAAUGACUAAGAUUUUGUUCUACAUUACAUUAAUUCACUAGUAGGAAAAGUAACAUUUUAAGGAUUUCUGUCAGAACCAAUCAUACAGUAUUGCAAACAAUAUUGUUCUUCACAUAGAAGAUACUAAGAGAAGCUGCGUACAUAUUUCCUGUGCAUUUCAGUGUUUUUAAAAACAAUUAUUUUCAUUCUGGUAUGUGGGCUUUGUUGAGAUUUUUAUUGGUAGAUUUUAGAUUCAUAAACCGUCUGUACCAUUUAUCUUUACAAACGUAUCUUUGCAGACUCUUAAGAUGUUGUUAAGGCAGCUUGUUUGAAGUUUUAAACUGUACUUGACUAGCUCCUAGUUCCCAUGCAGCCUCUUACUCACACUUUUGGAUUCUGUACAACUUCUGGAGUGUUUACCAUAUUUGUCCUGAAUCUCUUCACAUUUUGCAAUUUUUUUUGAUUUCCCUCUUUCUACUUUUAAUUAUUU